CGUCAGUGCUGCGAAAUCAGCUGUCGGGCGAGCACCGCAUAAUCAGAGGUGGGGAUGUUUCUGGGCUUUUUGGUGGAUCUGCUGUACUGCCGACGCUGCGGGGACGACUGUAUGAUGGAAUUCCCAUCGACUCCCGCGAAUGAAGAAACAGCGUCGAAAGUGGUAAAGGUCGAACUACCCCCGCUGCCGCCACUGCCGCCACUGACCUUUGAACUCAUCCGCAACCCAUUGGCUGCCGAGCAGGAGUGCGAUAAUAGCUUCGAAGGCUUCGUCGAUGGUUACGAUGAUCCCAGGCUGCCGGAAACCAUCAUCUGAUUCAAAAAGAGCUUGCCACUCACUGCCCGCACUCCGCUUCAUUUGGUUUAAUUAAAACUCUUUUUGCCAUAAUCCAAUUAAGACCAAAGGCAAAAACCAAAUGACAACAAAUGGCAUAAUGGCCAGACAACAAAACAGCCGGCAAAAAAUAGAAAAACUCGACAAAACUCAAACAAAGUUCCGCACAAAGCAAAAAACCUGAA